GAGUCGCAGGGCCCCGGGAAGAGGGAGAAGUAAGGCGAAAGUGACCGUUCCAGAGAAAGUGGGCAGCCAGGCCUCUGGUGUGGGGCCUCCGGAACCGCCCCCAAGGGCACCUGAGCACCCCAGUUCGCUCUCGGCCUCGCUUCUCUCGGUUACCGCCUGGCCCUUGGCGCCCAGUUAAGCGUCCCCUCCUUGCGCACAGCCAGUCCUUUCGGCGCGCGGAAAGGGUGUCAGGGCCGGUGCCUGGGCCAACUCUGGCUCCUCCCGCUCGUCUGCAGCCUUGAGCGCCCGGGCGCCCUCCCCACGCCAAUCGCUGCCGAGUCCGCCUCAGACCCGCGCCCGCGAUCGCUGGGUCAUGGGCGCCGCCGGCUCGUCCGCGCUGGCCCGCCUGGGCCUCCCCGCGCCGCAGCCCCGGCCCCGCUGGCUCGGGGUCGCCGCGCUGGGACUGGCCGCGGUGGCGCUGGGGGCCGUGGCCUGGCGUCGCGCGCGGCCCGGGCGGCGCCGGCGGCUGCAGCAGGUGGGCACCGUGGCAGAGCUCUGGAUCUACCCCGUCAAGUCCUGCAAGGGGGUGUCGGUGAAGGCGGCGGAGUGCACGGCCCUGGGGCUGCGCAGCGGUCACCUGCGGGACAGGUUUUGGCUGGUGAUUAAGGAAGGUGGACACAUGGUGACUGGCCGGCAGGAGCCUCGCCUCGUGCUGGUCUCCACUACCUAUGAGGAUGAUUGCCUUAUCCUCAGGGCACCAGGCAUGGACCAACUGGUUUUGCCGAGCAAGCCACGUUCUUCAAACAAGAUCCAUGACUGCAGGGUGUUUGGUCUUGACAUCCAGGGCAGGGAUUGUGGUAACGAGGCUGCUCAGUGGUUCACCAACUUCUUGAAAACAGAAGCUUUCAGGCUGGUUCAGUUUGAAAAGAACAUGAAGGGAAGACCAUCGAGCAAAAUUUUCCCUUCUGUUGUCCAGAAUUACCAGGUGGCCUACCCGGACUGCGGCCCCAUUAUGAUCCUCUCAGAAGCCUCCCUGGAAGAUCUGAAUACCAGGCUGGAGAAGAAAGUGAAAAUGGACAAUUUCAGGCCAAAUAUCGUGGUGGCAGGCAGCAAUGCUUUUGAGGAGGACACCUGGGGUGAACUCCUCAUUGGCGACGUAGAAAUGAAAAAGGUCUUGGCUUGUCCCAGGUGCAUUAUGACCACGGUGGACCCAGAUACCGGAGUGAUCAACAGGAAGGAGCCACUGGAAACCCUGAAAAGCUACCGCCUGUGUGAUCCUUCCGAGAAGCCAAUUUACCAGUCAUCCCCACUUUUUGGGAUGUAUUAUUCGGUGGAAAAAAUUGGAAGCCUGAAAGUUGGUGACCCCGUGUACCAGAUGGUACAGUGACAGAUCCACUAGGUUUCAGCAUCCCGGAGGCACUGAUCCAGAUUUUAAUGACCACAGCAGCACCACCUGGGCAAAUUCUUAUUACCCAGCCUGUGACCAUCUUUAUCGUAGAAAUGAAUCUCUUUUUGGAGUUAACGGAUGCUCUGAGUUAAUGCAAGGAAAGUAUGAGAGGUGAUUUGGGAAUAAGAACAUAUGUAGAUUUUAGAUAAUGAAGACUUUUAAAAUAAAUAAAACUGCCGAUAAAAUUAAUGUUAUGGUAGCUACUGCACGUCUCCAAUCCCUGACAUUAAUAUUGAUGAAUAAAGAAAGUCUAAAGGACAAAAUAAUGCCAUUUGCAGCAACAUGGAUACAACUAGAGAUCAUUAUAUGAAGUGAAGUAAGUCAGAAAGAGAUAGACAAAUACCAUAUGAUAUCACUUAUAUGUGUAAUCUAAAAUAUGGCACAAAUGAACCUAUUUACAAAACAGAAACAGACUCACAGACAUAGAGAACAGACUUAUGGUUGCCAAGGGGGAGGGGGUAGGGAGAGGGAUGGACUGGGAGUUUGGGGUUGGUAGAUACAAACUGUUACAUUUAGAAUGGAUAAACAAGGUCUUAAUGUAUAGCAUAAGGAACUGUAUUCAAUAUCCUGUGAUAAACCAUAAUGGAAAAUAAUAUAAAAAGAGACUGUAAAAAAAAAGUUUAAAGAAUCAGCUAAAAAGCUACACAAUUUUUUUGAAUGUUUAUAUUUUAUUACCCAUCAUUCUGUGUUUUAGGAGACAUGAGAAACAACAGGUUUCCUAAUAUACCUUUACAUGUUAACAUACAAAUUCCUAUUAGUGACAUGUUAACACACAGAUUCUUACUGAUUGGUUUUUACAUCGCUAUUGAGUCCUGUUGACUUUUUGCUUGUGUGGUUUUGACCCCACCAUUAUGGAAUUGGGUUUUAUUUGAGAAUGGAAAUUAUUCUGUAGACUUUGCUUCUAUAUUUGAUUAUGCCUCUAUUAAGCCAGGUAAAAGUAAUUGUAACUGACAGAUACACCAAGUAUGAAUUCCAAGUACGAUAAAGAAGAGAAUGGGAUUUGAAAGAGAAUGAAAUUUUGACAGUAGGAGUAGGAGGAUGGAAUCACGAACCUAUUCUUUUAGAUGCCAGUGAUUUUUGAACUAUUGGUAUGAAUAGAACAAGAAUUCUCACUGAUGUAAUAUGAGAAUGAAUGAACUCA